ACACAAUAAACCCUACGGCUAAACCACCCAUCCAGCCAGCCAGUCGCCCACCGCUCCGUCCGAGCAAGCGCGCCCACCGCCGCACUCCUGCCGCUCUUCCCGCAAAGGCGGCCGAGCACUCGAGCCCCAUGUCCGUUGCAUCCUCCCACCAUCUCCGGCCGUCGCCGUCGCCGGCCGACCCGGCGCUCCGGCCGGGCCGCGCGGCCGCCGCGCGCGUGGCGCUCCGGCCCACCCCUUCGCGCCGUCGCGCUGUCGCGGCGGCGGCCGCGGGAGCGGGAGCGGGAGGCGAGGCGGCUUCCGCCGCCGCCGCAGUGUCGACGGUCGCCCCCACGGCCGCCGCCAGGGACCAGGUGCGGCGCCACACGAUUUCGGUGUUCGUCGGGGACGAGAGCGGAAUGAUCAACCGGAUUGCCGGGGUGUUCGCCAGGAGAGGGUACAACAUCGAGUCGCUCGCCGUGGGGCUCAACAAGGACAAGGCCCUUUUCACCAUCGUCGUCUCCGGGACGGACAGGGUGCUCAGGCAGGUCAUUGAGCAGCUCAAUAAGCUUGUCAACGUUCUGAAUGUUGAAGAUCUAUCUAAAGAACCUCAGGUUGAAAGAGAACUGAUGCUUAUAAAGCUAAACGUUGAACCAGAUCAACGUCCUGAGGUCAUGGUUUUAGUUGAUAUUUUCAGAGCAAAAGUUGUUGAUAUUUCUGAGAACACACUUACCAUGGAGGUAGCCGGAGAUCCUGGAAAAAUUGUUGCAGUGCAGAGGAACCUAAGCAAAUUUGGGAUCAAAGAGAUUUGUAGAACGGGAAAAAUCGCUUUGAGGCGUGAAAAGAUUGGGGCAACUGCCCGUUUCUGGGGAUUUUCUGCUGCUUCUUACCCAGACCUUAUAGAGGCGCUGCCGAAAAAUCCUCUUACAUCUGUAAAGAGGACAGUUAAUGCCAGUUUUGAUCAACCAUCCAAUGCUGGGGGUGAUGUUUAUCCUGUGGAACCUUAUGAGAGCUUAUCAAUGAACCAAGUACUUGAUGCCCACUGGGGUGUUCUUGAUGAUGAUGGUUCAACUGGACUUCGCUCACAUACUCUCUCCAUCCUUGUGAAUGAUUGUCCUGGUGUCCUCAACAUUGUAACAGGGGUCUUUUCUCGCAGGGGCUACAAUAUACAGAGCCUUGCUGUUGGCCCAGCUGAGAAGGUAGGCAUUUCACGUAUUACAACAGUUGUUCCUGGUACUGAUGAGUCCAUUGAGAAGUUAGUUCAGCAGCUUUACAAGCUUAUUGAUGUACAUGAGGUUCAUGACAUUACUCACUUACCUUUUGCCGAAAGAGAACUGAUGCUUAUUAAGGUUUCUGUAAACACUGCUGCUCGGAGGGACAUACUAGAUAUUGCCGAAAUCUUCCGAGCAAAACCUGUUGACGUCUCUGAUCACACAGUUACACUACAGCUUACUGGGGAUCUUGACAAGAUGGUUGCAUUGCAAAGGUUAUUGGAGCCUUAUGGCAUAUGCGAGGUCGCGAGGACAGGACGAGUGGCGCUGGUCCGCGAAUCCGGAGUCGAUUCGAAGUACCUCCGCGGCUACUCCCUUCCGCUGUAGUUUGCCAUCAUAUGUGAUGGCCCAAAUAAAGCAGUUGCUUGCUUGGUUGUUUCGUUUUG